CGCUGUCAUUGGUUCGUUGUAGCUUUAUUUUGACGGUCUACUUCCGGAGAGUGCUCGACGGGCUGCUGUCGCGCGUGGAGGGGCUAUCUACAAAUCGCCAAGGUCAUAAUGGCUGACAGUGCCGACGUUACGCCUGUCGUGAGCAGCCAGACUCCUGAAAAAGGGGAGCAGGGAGGAGGAGAAGGUGGAGGACGCUCAGACACGGAUGGGGAAGAUGGAGGAGGUUUGACUGAUGUUCAGAGAGAGGUGUUGGAGAGGUGUCUUCACGCACUCAAGCAUGCUAAAAAUGACAGUCACACGCUGGCUGCUCUUCUGUUGAUCACUCGUUUGUGCCCAGCAAGCCAACUAGACAAACCCACCUUGAGACGCAUUUUUGAGGCCGUGGGACUAAACCUCCCAGCUCGGCUUUUGGUGACAGCGGUCAGAGGGCAUGACAACACUGGCUUACCCCCACAUGAACUCCUUUCAUUGGGUACAGCUCUGUUGGCUGCCCUGAGCACAGACCAAGACAUGGCCUCCCAUCCCCAGCUCCUCACCACCAUCCCGCUCCUGCUGGGCAUUUUAGCGAAUGGUCCCACGUCAAACCCGCAGAAACAGGCUGCCCAGGAACAGAACCAAGCUGGAGAGAAGGGGCAGAGCCCAGAUGCUAAAGUACAAUCAGCAGAGAGUUCAAGCCCAGAAAGUAAUCCUGCCAAUGUGGCAGAAUCAGCAGGAGAGAGCAAGACCUGCGAGCAAAAGGGCGACGAUGGCAGUACAUCAAAAAGAGUGUCGACAUCUAAAGAAACGUCACUGUCUGCAAAUCUCGAUGAGGCAAUGGCUGCUGACUGCUACCAGGUACUGACAGCUGUGCGUGCCUUACCUAGGGGUCCUGACCAGCUCCUGAGCAGGGGUGCUGUCCCUGCUCUGUGUCAAGCAGUGGAACAAAACCAGACUUUCAGCCAUGAGAGGGGGCUUGCCUUGCUUGGUGUCCUCCUCUCAGGUAAAACCAAGGACAAAGCGUGGAGUAAACACUCUGCAGAACUCCUCACUCUGCUGGUCAGGCUCUCUAAAGACUUCUGCCAGUCUAAAGACCAGGCCAGACUGGACAUGUGUUCCCAGCUGGUGCAGUUUCUCCCCCCAGUAGGAGUGGCAGUAGAGAGUGAAGAGCUGAAGGGAGUCGUGAGCCGUGUGUGGGGGGUAUUGAGACCCAUGAUGCAGGCUAAGUUGACACCGAGGCAGAUCGGGCCGAUCCUGGUACUCUGUGCAUGUCUGCUGGAUUUGUAUGGGUGGGAGCUAGUGGGACCGCCAAAGUUCUGCUGCCUACUGGUGAACCGGGCCUGUGUGGAGGUCAGAAUGGGCCUGGAGGAACCUCCUGGUAACGAGCUGAGCCCAGAGCUGCAGCACACACUCACAGGCUGUUACCGAAUCAUGGAGGCUGCCAUAGAGCAGGCCUGCAGUCCGGCCCUGUCGCAGACCGCUGCACCUCCCCAGAGCUCCAUCUCCUCAAUCAGUCUGCAGCAGGGCAGGCAGGUCGUCGGGGUUCUGGAGGAGGCCUUCUCCGCUAUAAUGUACCACCUGCAACAGGUCGAUGCGAGUCAAUAUGGUGACCCUUUCAUUUUUGCCACAUUCCGCUCUCUGUGUUCAUGGCUGGCCGAGGAGACUUCCUGUCUGAAGGAGGAAGUGACUGCACUGCUGCCUUUCCUGAUCAGCUACUCCCGGAGCCACCUGCGGAGCGAGAGCCCCGAGCAGGGCCUCUCUGACUGGAUGGCCACGAUGUCUGUCUCUGAGGAGAGAGGGCCCUGGACGGGCAAAGAACCUCUGAGGUAUCUCCUCCCGGCUCUGUGCCACCUGUCAGCGGAGGAAGAUCCCAGGAAGGUGCUGCUCACGCUCGACACCCCGGCCCUGCUGGUGGACUUUUUGUCCCAGAGCUGGAGUUCCCUCAAGGGGAAAAGUGGGAUGGCGUCGGCCAGGGAUCCCAGCAUGGAGACGGCCUGCUCAGCCCUCCUCAACUUCACCGUCACAGAACCAGAGAGAGUCAGGAAGGACCCAUGUUUUAGAACCCUAGAGGCUCUUCUGAGUGAAGCACUUCCAGUUUUGGUGCAUAAACCCUGUCUCCUGGUCCUAGCAGCAAAUUACUGCACUUUGGGACUAAUGAUUGGCAGACUCAAAUCAGCUCCUUCAGGAUCAGUGGAAGCGGGCCAGAGGCGUUUCUUCUCGUCAGCUCUCCGGUUCCUCUGCGGUGCCCUGGACUCUGGCUCCAGCCCCGGUUCGGUUAAGGUGAGCGUCAGCUGGGAGGAGAGCUGGGAGGAGGCUGCGGAGCUCUGGAGAUUGGGCUUGCAGGCUUUGGGAGGCUGCGUCCGCGCUCAGCCCUGGAUCACCACCCUGGUCAGAGAGGAAGGUUGGCUCAAGCACACACUCGCCAUGCUGGGUCAGUGUAGCGCACUUCCUGACCAGCACACGCAGGAGCCGCUAGAGGAAGCUCUGUGUGCCAUGGCGGAGCAGUGCCCGGUCUGUAAGCAGGAGAUUGGAGACAUGAUGAUGAGAAAUGAUAAAGGAGCUUUGAACUGUAUGAGGAACCUGAAGAGGUCAGUGGGAGUGAAGUGAAAGCGAGCUGCUGCCGAUGGACUAUGUGCUCUUUGAUGGAGUAUUUUUAACUUGCAGAGUUGAAAAUGAAGUCGCACUAUGAAAAUAAAAAAGCACAGCUAUUAAUGAAGCCAAACUGGUGUGGUUAUUAGUCAUACCAAUCUGACAUGGAUAAUGUGUACUCAGGCUUUUUUGAAAUGAGAUGAAAAGCCCAAAAUGCCUAAGCCCACACAGAAAAGGGGGAAAACGAUGUAUUUCUGUGUAUCAUAUUUUUCAGUGUAAAUAGUGUAAUUCUACCCUGAUAACGAGACUGAGAUGCCUUUUUGUUUUCACUAUUUGCAUCAGUGAAAAAAUCUGAGGAGUGGGCCUCCAAUUCGUUGACAACCAGGUAAAUGUAAAUGCCUGUUGAGACGGCUGUGCUCUCCACGUGGAACGGAAAAACAUACAAGCUGUUUCUUACACGUGAAUGCUGAAAUGUGAAUGCAUUUAAUAAAGAAUUAUUUUGUUAGAGAA